GCGUCUGCGACGCUUUCUAUGUCCAGUCUCGCCACCUGGUUUAUUUGGGACCGGACCCGCAGAACACAGGGAGGCACCAAUUUCCCCCGCUCAGAACCCACCGCUUCUUCAACGACGACCACCAUGGCCCAACCUCAAGAUGCUGUCAUCAACAUGGGUGACUCGACCAAAAGGAAGCAGGAUACGCUCUUUGGCCCAAACAUUGGCAUCGUCGCCAAGGGUCCGGAAUGGACGGAGACUCGUGAGAAGACUGUCGAUGAACUCACUCCCGAGAUUGUAAGGGGAUGGAUCGCAAAGAGCAAGGAGGCGAAUGAAGCAACGACGACGCUCCAGGCUCUUGUUAACCUGAAGCGGCCGUCACUCCGCCUGACCCCGCUCGAGACCGACUCAUCCGACGACAUCGAACAUGACGACUCACAGCAUUACCAUGGCCUGGAGUUUGAGUACGACUGCGACGCCCCAAAGUGUGGUAUCUCCGUCCACGUCCUCGUUUCGCCUUUGCACCACCUCGCGGACCGAGCCGCUGGAAAUGCGCACUCCAGGAUUCUUGUGUUUGAGACCAUGACCGACGGCGGUUUUGGCAAGACUCUUAAGCUCGAAGAAGGCGCGACGCUCGAGCUCGGCCGCUACGAGCACCAGCCGCACGUCAAGACUUCCUCUACUACUUCAUCGCCAGACCUAGACGAGAAGAAGAUGGGCUCGCCUUCCGCAGGCAGUGCGGCCGGCCCGAGCCCCGAGAUCCCGACGUUGUCCCCCGAGGAUGGUGCAGAGGCUUCGGGCGCUCGCAAGACCAAGCGGUUCACUUCUUUCCACUUCCGCAAGCGUACGCAUGAAUCACGCACAGUCGUUGGUCCAGCUUUGGCGGUUGUUGAUGUCGAGGCCAAGGAGACCACACCCGACGAAAGGGAUGAGUCAAACCUGGGCGUGAAGGCGAUGAUUCGCCUUUCUGCGCUUGAUGAAGGCGGCAAGCCCCUCUCCUGCAUUAACGAACAAACGACCUACCUCCACAUUGUCCGUUUCGGCGCUCCGCCGCCCGCGGAGGAAGAUGACAAGCGCCCAUGGGUUGUCAAGGUCGUCAAACGGGAAGCCACGAUUGGCACGCACACCUUCCACCUGCACGAGAUCUACGGUCUGUCAAGUUCGACAACCAAUCCCACUGCCCCGCAGGCAGCGGUCCCCACGACCUACCCACCCACGAGCACGCCCGUUGUGCCGCAAGAGGACGAACCGUCUUCCGAGUGCUUGCUCUGUCUGUCCGCCCCGCGCGAGGUCGUCCUGCUUCCCUGCCGCCACCUCGUCGCCUGCCGCGACUGCGCAAUCAACAUGAUCGAGUUCGGCGCGGGCGGGCAGAUCGUCCAAAACGAUGCCACCCCUGCGGCCGGCGCGGAGGGCGAGAACGCGGAGGCCAACGAGGAGAAUACCGGCGGUAGCGCGGGCGAGCAGCAGCCGGCUGACGGAGCUUCGCCGCUGCCUACGCCGAUUCCGACUGUCGUACCGACCACCAACGCGCGCCGUAAGCGCAAGGCCAAGGGCUGGUUCUGCCCCGUGUGCAGGCAGCCAUACACAUCCUGCCUCCGGAUCACGACGACCCCGCCGACAAAGGACACGGCCUCUGAUAAGGACCAGCAGGAGACUGCUGAUAUUGCCGACCAUCCGCUCACCCCCUCGUCGCCCAGCCAACCGGCCUCUCCCACUCCACGCGGCGGCGUCCUGUCCUCGCUCAGCCGCCCUGGCUUCCUCAGGACGCUGACGACCCGGCAGCCCCAGCCUGAUCUCGAGCGCGGCCAGCCUGCUGCGGCUGCUGCGGCCUAGGUAUCUGGCGACCUCUCGCUUUGCUUGAGUCCUGUUUACUUUUCUUCCGCUUUUUCCAUCUCUGUCUCGACUCUUGACUGUACAGUGCUAAUUUGCUGCGAUCUGGUUUGGAGAUGGCCUUCCUUCAGCUGCUGUUUCUUCUCCGUGUAUAUUGUAUAUCUGCGCGUCUACGAAGUGAGUUGACUUGUCCUAUACUCUUUACUGUAGUGUA